CCUGAAUGCAACGAGAAGCUCUUACGGAAGCGGAGAGCUCAAAGUUCGGAGCUGACUCGAGGCCGUGAAGGCAGCAUUAGCAGCUCGUGCAUUGGAGCGGGGUCGACGUCAACUGGAGGGAGAAUGGCAGCCCUGUGGAGAUCCUACCAGGCCCUGAUGCUCAAACAACCAUGGACGGUGCAGAUAGUGACCGCUGGCUCUCUGGUGGGCGUCGGUGAUGUCAUCUCACAACAGCUGAUCGAGAGGAGAUUGGCUCAUCACAACGUGCGGGCGGACGGCCAGAUGAUUAGUAUCGGCUUCUUAUUCGUGGGUCCAGUAAUCGGCGGGUGGUACAAAGUUCUGGACCGGCUCGUGGUCGGAGGAACUAAAAGUGCAGCCAUGAAGAAAAUGCUGUUGGACCAGUUGGCCUUCGCUCCGUGUUUCCUGGGAGCUUUCCUCGGCCUCUCCGGCGCUCUGAACGGACUGUCGGUGGAGGCAAACGUCACCAAGCUGAAGAGGGACUACACAGACGCUCUAAUCUCCAACUACUAUCUUUGGCCUCCAGUCCAGAUCGCCAACUUCUACUUCAUCCCUCUCCACCACAGGCUGGCGGUCGUCCAGAUCGUCGCUGUCGGUUGGAACUCCUACCUGACCUGGAAGGCCAACAAGAUGUGAAGUCCGCUCACAGGUCCGGCCUGUGCUGUUAUUGUUGUUCCUGAUGAUGAUGAUGAUGAUGAUGAUGAUGAUGAUGAUGAUGAUGAUGAUGAUGUGACACUCACUUGUAGUGUGUGUGUUGGGAAUGGGCCGCUCUAGUCUAACUCACUUUGGGCCACUGCGUCUCCUGAUAUUUGAAACGUGUAAAACUGUGACUGAGUCAGCGUAAAGGUCGGGAGAAAGAGCUCGUCUACGCUGAGUGACAAAUUCACACUUGAAAGUCAAACUUGCAUUUGCAGAAAAUGUCUGUGAAAGUUUGUUAUUUAUGGAAAUUAGAUUUGGCUGCAGAGCCACACAUACGCACAUACACACACAUUUAUCAACACCUAAUGAUGGAAAUGAAACGUCUAUUAUUAAUUCAAGGUUCUGUCGAUCACCUCAGAUUAUUGUGUUUUUUUGGAGGUCAGUUUAAUGAAGCUAGUGUUGUAGAGAAAGACAUUUUACCUCACUGUCAUCUUUGAGUAUUAUCUAGUAUAUGUAAUCAUGUUUAUUCACUUACAUGUAUAUUUAUCCAUCUUUUCCUUUACUGAUUCAAAGCAUCCCUCAGGAGAGACCAAGCACACUGUUUUUUAUCAUUUUGUUAUGGAUACACAUAAAGGGAGUCAUAAAAAAAUACAAUCUUUGCUUUAUAAAACGUAUAAAACAUGACGUCACCCACUGUAUGAUCCAAACAAUGGCGGUCACCACAUGACAUGAGUCUGGAAAUCCAGAUUUAACUUAACUUCCUGUCAGCGAAGACUCAGACAAAGAGGUGAGGCACAGCAGGCUUUUAGUCUCCUGAAAAACAUUGACAUUACACCUGUCUGUCAACUCAGCUGUGACGCCAAUGAUGCAAAUGUAUAUAUAAAUCAUUGUCUUAUAAAUCCAAUGUUCCCCCCCUGCACAGUGUGUAUCAAUAAAUACAUGAGCCACUGCUAGAGAGAUUUCUCAGUGAGCUACAAACUAAAAGAUAUGCAUACAAAAAAAAGGUCUGGAUUUGGAGCACCUAGUGGUUCGGUCAGGUCGUGUAGCGGGUGGCCCAGGCUUGGGUUCAACCCUACAGCCUCUUUCCUGAAUGUCACUCACCACUCUCUCUCUCUCUCCUGGUUCGCUGCUCUCUCCAUCGUCCUAUCCUCUCUGAUUAACGGUUUAAAAGCCCAAAAAUAUAACUUAAAAAAUAAAAAACUAGCCUGGAUUUCAAGAAUUUAAAAACCUUCAGGCUAACUAAGUUUUGUGAUUCAAAAUCAGAAACUUUGGGGGAAAAAAAGAUGCACAAUGUCCAACAAACAAAGGUUUCUAAAUGUCCGUCAACUCAGCCGUGCCGCCAAUGAUGCAAAUGUAUAUAAAUCAUAGCCUUAUAAAUCCAAUGUUCCCCCCUGCACAGUGUGUACCAAUAAAUACAUGAGCCACUGCUAGAGAGAUUUCUCAGUGAGCUACAAACUAAAAGAUAUGCAUACAAAAAAAAGGUCUGGAUUUGGAGCACCUAGUGGUUCGGUCAGGUCAUGUAGCGGGUGGCCAAGGCUUGGGUUCAACCUUACAGCCUCUUUCCUGAAUGUCACUCACCACUCUCUCUCUCUCCCUCUCUCUCUCCUGGUUUGCUGCUCUCUCCACCGUCCUAUCCUCUCUGAUUAACGGUUUAAAAGCCCAAAAAUAUAACUUAAAAAAUAAAAAACAAGCCUGGAUUUCAAGAAUUUAAAAACCUUCAGGCUAACUAAGUUUUGUGAUUCAAAAUCAGAAACUUUGGGGAACAAAAAGAUGCACAAUGUCCAACAAACAAAGGUUUCUGAAUGUCCGUCAACUCAGCCUUGCCGCCAAUGAUGCAAAUGUAUAUAAAUCAUAGCCUUAUAAAUUCAAUGUUCCCCCCUGCACAGUGUGUACUAAUAAAUAUAUGAGCUACAUAAACCAGUGGUUCCCAAAGUGUGGUUUGGACCCCCUGGUGGGGUCACAAGACACAAAUUUAGGGUCCUCAGAUGUCUUCCAGAAUUAUUUUUCUUUUAUAAAGGAUCUAAAGUUGCCUAUAUUACCCAAAGUUAUUGACAAAAAUAGUAAAAUUUCAAAUAAAAUCUUGCAGAAUUAAAAAUGUUUCAUUAGUUUUCUGUCUGUCUUUGUUGCCUGAUGACUCCUAAGGUCAGGGUAAGUUUCAGUAGCAGCAGGUUCAUUCUCAGCACCACAGGAAGUACAGCCAGGUGUUCAUGUAGGUGCUUCAUUUUCUGCAGACCAGCAUAAAUGAAGUCUGAAACAACAUUUAAUCACUUGGAGGGUUGUGGGCUGAAAAGUUUGGGAACCCCUGCUCUAAACUGUUUGUCAAACCCGGCUGUAAACGUGUUUAAUCUGCUGUUAAAGUCAGCGUUUUAACAUGGAGCCUAAUGGAGAUUCUUUGGCUUUUGGGGGCAGCCCCUAGUGGACACAAAAUGAACUGCAGUUUUGGGGGGAUUUGUCAUUUGCUUCAUUUUACAGCACUACAGGUCGCCACAUGCGUUCCACAAGCAGUAUUAAGGCUUGCAGGAUGCAGUUUGCUAGCAAGUAUGUAAACAGGGCUAAACAGCUAGCUAGCCUCCAGUUGAAGGUCACAAAAUCGUGACACCGGUAUUUUUAGAUCGUUUACACGUGAUGUCUCUUUACCUGUAAAAAAAAAUCAGUCUAAAAGUGUUUUUGAGGAGUGAGUCUCUGAGCCUCUUGUUUUCUCUUAGUCAAAUAGAAAUGUUGAAUCCUCUUUAAAGCUGCAGUUUGUCAGUUUUACCACUCAUUUUUCUUUAAGCAAUAACAAAAGAAAACUAACUGAACCCUAGAAGUUCUGUUCGGUGGAGGUUGUUGGCUGUGGACGGAGACAGGCUGGUCAUUUUCCUCCAAUACCACACUUUGUGCUAAGCUAAGCUAACUAGCUUAACCGCAGAGACCUGAGAGGUGUUGAAACUAAGUGUAUUUCCUAAGUAUUAAAACUAUUCCUUUUAAUGGUUCGGUUUCAGUCAAAUGUUUUCAGUCAAAUGUUUAAGUUUCUGAAAAUUAACCAAAUAAUAAACCUCUCUCUGUGCAUUGACAAUCACUUGAAACUUGUAUUCCUCCUUGUCUUUUAUUAAAAUGUGAACAUUGUUAACAUCAAAGUUUGUCUCUGGCAUGUGAACCAAUAAAGUUUUCCCCCAGGUGA